AUGGUCAAGAUCUUUGCCAUCGCCACCGCCGCCAUCGCCCUCGUGGGCCAGGUCGCCGCUCAGGACCCUCCGGUUGGGCCGACUUGCAGCCCGGGCCAGAUCUACUGUGGCUUCCGACUGCUUGACGGCGUCUCCGGCCCGUUCUGGCGGCCACGCAUCGAGGCUAUCCGCCCGCCCGUCCCGAGCCCCGACGACUCCACUUUCCGCUGCGUGACGCCGACCACCGUCGAGCUGGUGCAGCUGUGCACGGCCCUGCCGGGUAACCAGCGGUGCCAGCCCAACAGCAGCAACAAGUGCACCGGUCCUUUCGAUGACUGCUGCGCUCCGGCUUAG